GGUCUGAGUAAGAAGCUCGGGGUCUCCUCCUCAGUCCUGCAGGGGCUGUGGCUGUCCUACAGCACGGAGAGCCUAAGCCCCGCCCUCGCAUCGCUGCGUAACCUGUACACCCCCAACAUCAAGGUGAGCAGGCUGCUGAUUCUGGGCGGGGCCGAUGUGGAUCACCGUAGUGACGUCCUGAACGGCGCCCCCCUGCUGUGUGUCCAUGCUCACCUGGGACACGGAGACGCCGUGGCGCUGCUGCUCGACCUCGGAGCUCAGGUGGACGCUCAGACACAUGACGGUUUGACCGCGCUGGGAUUCGCCGCUGCAGCCGGACACCUGGACAUCGUCACCACGCUGAGUCAGCACGCCGCCAAGGUGGGACAUGUGGACAGCUCAGGUCGGUGUGUGUUGGUGCUCGCCGCUCAGCGUGGUCACCUGGAGGUGCUGCGCUUCCUGCUGAAGCGAGCGGACUGGAGCUGCACUUCCUGCUGCGGCCAGCGGGGGACAAGCAGGAGGGAGGCGCUGCAGCAGGCGCUGACCGCCGCCGCCAGCAUGGGACACCCCGAGGUGUUGUCGUACCUGCUGGAUCUCCCAGAGGAGGACGAGGAGGAGGAGGAGAGACCGGAGAUCAACACACCCGACAGUCUGUGGGGAGAGACAG